AACUGCACAUACACGUACAUGCAGUUUUGUCCUCCAUAAUGCACGCGCAUUACAUGUAUUGUACUGUUUGCACUGCAGCUUGACGACGAGCAGUUCAAACGCUUGUGAGAGAAUUGCUCCCGUGUUCUGGUGUAGUGACCGUGGUAGCGAGGAUAAACGAGCCUGACUUCUUUCAGCCGGCCACUCCAGAGAUACUACAUGCCCACGAUAUAACCUUGUUUCAUCACUGGUUUGUCGUAAUACCUAAACUGAAGAGUGAUGUCUGCCACAGCGACCAUCGUCAACAUCGUGGAGGUCGCCGUUCUGUUGGUGGCUUUCGGAUGUGGUAUGGCGGCAUCCAUAAUGAUCUGGGUAACUUCGAUUCAGAUGGACGGCUGUGUUUUCCAGGCUUCCGUCGCUCAUUCGGGCCGAACACUUUACACAGUCUCAUCCUCUAGCCAAUUCCGUUGCCAGUUCUGUCUGGUGACGCAGCUGGUUGCUAUCCUGCUGGCGCUGGUGUUCAUCGCGUAUCGGAUCCAGGUGAUCUGCCGGGGAAAACUGGAAAUCCAAGCGUUCGGCCGGUUCGUUGCCACCAUCGUCUUUGGUAUCAUGGCCGUCUUCGUCCUUGUGGAGGCGUGUCUGGUGACGGUCGGGCUGAAGACAUUUUGCAAUAAUCUGCUGGACUUGGAAGGCUAUUUUUGGCCCGAUACGUGUACCAGGUAUCAGGAAGAUGCUCAUUGGAAAGAUAAGGACGGUUCAGCGUUUUAUUAUAACCUGACUAUAGCUGAGGUGAGAUUCGUUCUGCGUCGCGGGCCCUUCCUGUAGUAGAUGAAUCAACAA